GUUGUUGUUUCGCGCUGUGUUCCCGCCUUAUUUGAAUCUAUUUUGAUAAAACUACGAAUAUCGCAUCCAUUUUCAUAUAAAUUGUACCGGUGAUGGUUGAAAAUCCAAGCGUGAUGGAUGAUCAAAACGGAUCUGCAAUAACUGAGGAUGAAGCUGCGUUGUAUGACAGGCAAAUACGGCUUUGGGGCCUAGAUGCUCAAAAACGGUUGGUACUCUAAACAGCUGUUCUCUAUUUUCUCUUUGAGUCGAACCAUCGUUGUAGAAAUUAAAAUGACUGUUUUUGGAUCUGCUCGAGUUCGAAUUCGUAGGAGAAAUCUGAUGAGACAGAUUAAGCAUCAAGCAAACCCUCUUUUGUACUAUGUUAUCUUUUGUUGUGAUUUUUCCGCUUCAGGCUGAGAGCUUCACGUGUUUUGCUGGUUGGCGUACGAGGUAUUGGAGCCGAGAUAUGUAAAAAUCUUGUGCUAUCAGGUGUGAAGUCCUUUACAAUAGUAGAUCCCAAUCCUGUAAAUGAACAAGAUUUUUUGUCACAGUUUCUGGUGCAGCGACAAGAUUUGGGAAAGAACGUGAGUCUCAAGUCUAUGUACAUUUAAGUUUACAAGAUAAGGGGUAACGGCUUUUCCCCACAAAGGUAACCUGUUUUAAAAUGAUAAUUGAUCCUGUAGUCUGAAUGUCGUCGACAGUGUCAGGCUACUUACCUAGGUGAUCCGACUGGGUAAGGGUGGGGAAUGGUUACCCUUGACUGAGAGCAAUUUACCGUUAUGUAUCUAACGAUGAAUGAAAGAUGUUGUAUCUACACCAGUCAGUAUCUAAGAGCAUUAUAGCCCUUUCAUGAAAUCAGCCUGCAUUUGGAAAAAGGUUCCAGCCAAUUAAGUUCUGGAUUCAUAACAUCAAGUCUGGCACCCAAUUGAAGCCAAAGAACUGGACUGUGAGAGACUGGAUUUCACAUAGUUACAUUUCUUAAACGCAUUGUAGGCAAGGUUGGCAUUUGACAAUUUGGCAUUGAUCUUUCAUUAGACAUCACUAAACAUGUUUGUGGAUUUGCAUCAUUACCUAAGCUACAUGUAUCUUAACCCUUUAAUCUUAAGAGUGACUGGUAUCUAAUUUCUCCCCCACUGUGUCACUAUUGAAUUAAAAAGACUUGGGUCAUGAGGAUGAAAUGAAUAAUCGCCAACUUAAGAAGUUCUUGAUUUUCAAAAAAAAAUUAUCGUGGUCACCAUUGUAGGAAAUUUAAAGAGAACAAUAUAGGGAAGAUGGAGAAGGUGAUAACUGAUGUAAGAGCACAAAGGUUAAACUCUUCAUAUCUUAAACCAAUUUUAGUGAAUACCAGUGGUUUACGAUAUUGCAAUUCCUCCCUUGAUUUUACUGUAGCGUGCAGAGUCUUCUCUACAAUGGGCUCAGCAACUCAACCCUAUGGUACAAGUUACAGCAGACAGUGAGGAUAUUUCCAAGAAAAGUGAUGAUUUUUUUAAAAAUUUCGAUUUGGUGGUAGCCACAGACUGUUCUGCAGAUCAGCUGGUAAGUAAUUCUGCAUAGAAAACUCCUUUCUUAGUUUUACUAGUAAACAAUAUAAUAUCACAAUGCUGAAAUCUGAUUGGCUACGUUGCUUGCUAUUUGUUACAUGAUGGCUAGUUAGUAAAAGGAGUCGCAUUGCAGUGUAACAUUUUAUACAGAAUGAAAAAAUAAAUGAUGAUGAUGUCUUCUUGGUUUUGGUAUGACUGGCAUAUUUAUUACAAAGCAAUUUGUUUAGUUGCACUUGAUUGCUAAGGGAGUGAGUUGAUUUUGGCUUUCCCCUUUUAAACUACCGGAUAUUAAUAUAAUAAGUUGAAUUACAAAUUUAACUCUUUAAGUCCCACGAGUGACCAAGACAGAAUUUCUCCUUACACUAUCAGUACAAUAUCAAACAGAUAAGUAAUGAGAAUGAAGAAAAAUAUAAAUUAGGGGAUUAUUAGUUCAUCCAAUUCCAAAUUCUCCAAACUAACAUUAUAUGAAUCGUAUAGCAGACAGUAAGGAGAAGUACUUAUGAGAUCUUGGGAGUUAGAGGGUUAAGCAUUUUGAUUCAUUCUUACCUAUGAUCGAUUGAAGGAAAGAUGCUUAGAUGUCAUUACCAUUAAAAGCAUUUUGCUUCUUUAUUAUAUAAUUGAGAGACACUUAAAUAUCAUUACCAUCAACAACAUUUUUCCUCUUUAUCAUAUAAACAAACAGAUUCUCUGUGGUGGUUGGUCUGUUCAAUAAUAGACCACAGAAGAUGUCAAAAUGUGAUAAGAAUAUCAGUGACAUACUCGGCUGUGCCCCAACUGUCACCUUUUUGUUCUUGCCUCAUUUUGAUGUCAGCUAUGAUCUCCUAUUGAACAGAUGUGUGGGAACAUGGAAUCUGUGAACAUAAUUUAUCAGCUUAUAGCCUUAUAGAUACUGAAGGCUAGUGACUGACAACUGCCAGGUUUAUGCAGUGAUGUGUGAGAGUUGAAUGUAUUUCCAAAAAAAAGUGUAUGUGGGUUUUUGGUCCAGUUUUGUGUGCAGUUACAGUGUAGCCAAGAUGUUAACCUCCUACUUGAUGGAAUUCCUAAUAAUGCUACUCUUAUUACUAAUAAUUUAAUUUUGACAUAUAAAUUUUCUUUAUUUAACCCUUUAAGUCCCAUCAGUGACCAAGAAAGAAUUUCUCCUCACACUAUCGGCACAAUAUCAAGCAAUCAAUUAGGGGAUUAUUUGUUCCAAAUUCUCCAAACUAACAUCAUAUGAGUUGUAUAGGAGACAGUAAGGAGAAUUACUAAUGGGAUCUUGGGAGCUAAAGGGUUAAAAUGAAUUCUCUUUGUUUCCUAGAUUCAUAUGAAUGAUGUUUGUCAUGCUAAUGGUGUAAAGUUCUUUGCUGCUGAUGUGUUUGGCUUUUAUGGAUAUAUGUUUGCAGACCUUGGGGAACACAAAUAUGUAGAGUACGUCAAUAAAAGUUUGUUGUGAUAGUCUCAACAAAACAUAAAAAUUAGCAGCAAUUUGGUAAAUUCCAGUCAUUAUGACAGGGCUCCAAGCUGCAAUCAUUUUUGUCACCAUGGCAAGUAGAAAAAAAAAAUUUAGGCAACUAAAUUCUCGAUAGGAGUUGCUUAGGGUUGUAAAGGCAGAAAUCUAGUUCUGGAGAUAAAGACUUGCAUAUAGACUUGAAGAGAUACAGAAUUGAGAUGUAUUGAUCUUCUCAAGUUUGAAGCCUGUUUUUGGUUAGUCCACUCAGCAGUUACAAUUCAGAUAAAUUAGUUGUAUAUUGCAAUAUUUGUAAGUAUGUUGUCUUUAGCAUGACAGUCUCUUUUCAAUGAACUCAUGUUAUUCAGAGAAAAACCUAAAGUUGUUACAGCAUCAGAAAGGAAAAACUCAAGUUCUGAUGGUGAACCAGUAGCAAAACGUAGAAAAGUUGAUGCCAGUGAAACCGUCAUAGUUCAAAAGGUAAUGAGUGUCUCGUCCAAAAGUUGACUGUUACUGAAGAAAAAAUAAUCAAAAUUUCAUUGGGCAUCAAUCUGUGGGACAUUUAAAAAACUUGCCUCCAGAUAACAAGUGAGGAGGAUCAUGAAUCAUUAAUAUCAAGAGAACAUUGAAGCUGUUUAAAUAGCUAUAUUUCCUUUUCAUCUGCUAAAAAUAAUGAUUAAAGAAAUUUUGACUCAUUUUUCCAUUGGGACUUUCAAAAUUACAGUCAACUUGAAGAGGACUGUAAAAUAUGCAUUUAGUAGGAUAGAAAAACUCAAAAGGUGCAUUAUUGACCCUUAAACUCUUAGAAGUGAUUAUCAUGUAACUUCUCCCCAUAAUAUGCAAGAUUAUCCAGCAAACAGGUAGUGAGAAGACUGAAAGUUAUCAGGUUAAGGUUUUUAUCUUGAUGUCCAGCAGAUAGGGAGGGGGGUUAACAAUCAGAUCUUGGAAGUUGAAGGGUGAAGCAAAGAAGAAUUAACCCUUUAACUCCCAUGAGUGAUCAAGACAGAAUUUCUCCUUAAAAUAUCAAUACAACAUUGAGCAGGCAAGUGAUGAGAAUAAAGAAAAAUAUCAGUAAGGGGAUUAUAAGUCGAUCCAAUACCAAAUUCUCCAAACUAACAAUCACAAGAACUGUAUGCCAAACAGUAAGGAGAAUUACUAAUGAGAUCUUGGGAGUGAAAGGGUUAAGGAGUGCUAGUGACAGAAAAUAUUAAAACAGAUUGAUAAUGCAAUAAAAGCAGCAAUAAUUUUGAUAUCUUUUAUUGAAAGAGAGUAAACUAUUUAAUUUGAUCAUUUCAGUGAAUGACCUUCAAUACUGAAUAUUUUGUCCUUUGAUAAAUUUUUUUUAACCUCUCAACUCCCAUGAGUGACCAAGACAGAAUUUCUCCUCACAAUAUGAAAUACAAUAUCAACCAGAUAACUGAUGAGAAUAGGGAAAAAUAUCAAUUUGAGAAUAAUUAGUUGAUCCAGUACUAAAUUCUCUGAACUAGCAUUGUAAGAAUUGUAUGGUUGACUGUAAGGAGAAUUACAUAUUGGAUCUGGGAGUUAAAGGGUUAUUAAAAUUAAUAUUAUGAGUAUUUCAUUCUGUAUAAUGUGAUGGAUACUAAUGGUAGGUUGUUUAGUUUGCAGAAUUCUAUCGAUUGAAAGCUGCAUUAUCAUGCAAACUAGAUGAAAGACCUGAAAAGAUUUUGAAAAGAUUACCUUCUGUAUAUUUUAUGAUAAAAGGUAUGUGAAAGUUUAUCAAAGCUUCUCAUAAAUUUAGUUUUAUUUUGUUAUGGUAUUAAAAAAGUAAUUUCGCUUACUCUUUGGGCUUAAUUGUAAGCAUCUCUGAAAAAAAUUUAAAAACUUUGCUCUCCUUUUUCACAUGUACUGUUCCUUUAUUUAACCUUGAUUUUACAGUACUGCUAAGAUUUCGCAGCCAGUAUGGCCAACUGCCACAGACUUCCACAAGCUCUGAGGACAAGGAGAAAUUGUUGAUAUUACGAGAUGAAAUAAUGAAAGAACUGAACCUUGAUGUGACACUUCUUCCUGAGGAAUUUGCUUCGUAAGUGUGUUCACUGUUAGCUUUUUGUGUCUAUGAUGUUUAAUGAACAAUAAUUUUCUAUCAACUUGAGACUGUAAAAAGUUCCAGAAAUUUUUAGUUAUUUGCUGAUAACAAUGUUUUUAUAAUACUUUCCAACUGACAGCUACUGUACUGCAGAAGUGAGUCCUGUGUGUGCCAUUGUUGGUGGCAUUGUGGGGCAGGAGGUUGUAAAGGUAAAUUUAUAACAGUUUCAGUACACCAUUUUUUUGAGAGGCAUGUGGACAUGAUGAUGUUUUAGUUAAUAAUGGAGGCCUAAAAUAAUUUGAUAGAAAGAGAACUUGUUGCAGAUAUGUCCAAUGCUGUAACAUGUUGGGCUGAAAACAAAAAUUUCAUAGAAAAAAGGGGGUUCUCUCCUUUUUGACAAUGCUCUUGCAAACCUUACUCUGGACAACAACAGGCAGAAAUCAUGUACAUCAAGGAUUCAAAAUGUAAUACCAGGGAAUUACUUCAAAAGAUAUUAAUGUUUGUACAAUUGUUUGUUAGGGCCAAACAUGACAAUGAUUUAACAUCUUUCAUGUCAAAUAUUUCGCUUGCAGUAGUGCAUAUCUGUGAGUCAGAUCUGUUUUAUUGAUGUCUUUGAGUAAGGAAUGAGUACUCAUUGGUUAUUGGCAAAGAUCUCAUCUUGAAAUUUUUAGCAUCUAAUCCCAUUUCUCUGGUUAUUAUUUAUCUUCAUUCUCCUGUAGGCUGUUUCAGGAAGAGAUGCCCCACUGAAUAACUUCUUCUUCUACAAUGGUGUCGAGGGUCAUGGAUCUGUGGAAUGCUUUAAAUGAUGUUCAAACAAUCUUACAUUUUUCCUAUAACUUUAACUGAAAACAGGGAAGUCCUAUCACAGGACACUUUGUUUAAAAGGACAUGAAUCACUGGCCAUCUUUGAACCUCGUUGUGUGGUGGGCCACAGGAUUCCCACUGAAGAGACAAAUUACUUUGAGAUGUGCAAGUCACAUUUGUUGUUGUUGUUG